AUGGCAACCGCUCAGACAACGUCAAGGAAGAAAACUGUUCUGACGAUCAAAGAAAAAUAUCUUGCUUUGAAAGGGCUUGAAAAAGAAGGAACAACUAAAACGUCUAUUGCUAAAAAGUAUGGUGUCCCACCUAACACACUUUCAUACUGGGUUAAGAAUAAAGGUGACAUUUUUACCAAGUAUGAAUCAGGCCAGUAUGGAGUUAAAAGACAAAAGCUUUCUUCCGGAAAAUACGAUAACAUUGAUAAAGCAGUUUACAAGUGGUUCGUUAAUGCUCGUGAAAGAACUGUGCCGAUUAGUGGUCAAAUCAUUCGAGAAAAAGCAUUGGAUUUUGCAAAGCAAUUCAACGAACCUGAUUUUAAAGCUUCAGAAGGCUGGCUAGACAGAUGGAAGUACAGACAAAACAUCAUUUACAGAAUUAUUUCUGGAGAGGAAAAGUCUUGUACACCAGGGAUGACAACAAGCUGGGAAGAAACACACCUGCCAACCAUUUUGUCACGCUAUGAUUUACAAGACAUUUUCAAUGCUGAUGAAUUCGGCUUGUUCUACCAGAUGCUUCCAACAAAUACCUAUCAUGACAAAGGUGAAAGAUGUGCUGGUGGAAAGUUCAGCAAAGUUCGUUUAACAGGACUUGCAGCAGGAAAUGCCCUAGGUGAAAAGUUGCCCAUGUUCGUUAUCGGAAAAUCGGUUACACCGCGCUGUUUCAAAGGAGUCAAAAGUCUUCCCUGUCAGUACAAAGCUCAAAAGAAGGCCUGGAUGGAUUCUGAAAUCUUUACCGAUUAUGUGAAAAAACUCGAUGUUAAAUUUGAAACUGCGGGUCGAAAGAUUGUCUUGAUAAUUGACAAUUGCCCAGCUCAUCCAGAAGUCACUGGUCUUAAAGCAGUAGAAUUAGUUUUUCUACCACCAAAUACAACGUCUAAGACCCAGCCCAUGGAUCAAGGUGUAAUCCGAGCAUUGAAGGCAUAUUACCGGUCAAAUCUUGUGAAACGUCAAAUAAAGUUCAUUGACGGCGGUAAAGAGGUCCCUAAAAUUAACAUUCUUAAAGGGAUGCAAAUCUUGGUCAAAUCAUGGGACGCUGUUUCAAAAGACACCGUUAAAAACUGCUUUAAGAAGGCAGGCAUCUCAAAAGAAGCACAGAUCACGAGUCUCAAUGAUGCUGAUGACCCAUUUAAAUCUCUUUCUGACAGCAUAAGCGAGUUGAAAAAAAGAGAAGUUGACGGCGACAUCUUUAACGCAGAUGAUUUUGUGGAUAUUGAUUUUGAGGACAAAGAUCAAAACGCGCCGAAUCUCGAAGAUGACGAUGAUGAUGAAAUUGAGGCACAUGACAUCCCCCCGAAGAAGCCAAAGCAGUCAUAG